UAGCCAAAGCGACCAUCGGCCAAAUUAUAUUUUGGAAGGAGACGAUGAUUGCUGCUGCUGCUGCUUCAAAUGUUGAAACGCAAAGACCACCCAAAACAAGAAAAGGAAAGAAACACUUGGAAAGUAUUGCUCCUCAAUGGGAGGAACCUCCGAAAGGUUUACUGGUUAUCCACGGACAUCAGACUUCCCAACAAUUGAAGAACGUACUUACAGACUUGUCAAGAUUGAAGAAACCACACUGUAAACAACUUCGAAAGAAGAACGAUAUUUUGCCUUUUGAAACUGGUGGAGAAGCCUCUUUAGAAUUUCUUUGCAAAAGGAACGACUGUUCUCUUUUUAUUUUGGGGAACCAUACCAAAAAACGACCAAACAACUUGAUAUUAGGAAGAUUAUAUGACUUUCACCUGCUCGAUAUGUUCGAACUAGGAAUAAUAGAGUACAAAGGUCUCGAAGAAUUCGAAAUGGCCAAACAACUCAAGUCACAGUUGAAGCCUCUCGUCUGCUUCGUGGGUGACUUUGAUAGUGACGAUGCUAGUAGGAAACUGAAAAACUUGUUUCUCGACUUGUUCCACGAUUUUGAAGACCGACAAAUAAGUUUAGAACAAUUGGACAACGUCAUUGUCAUUUCAUUAUACCAUGAUCGAACAUUAAGUUUUCAAAACUUUAUUGUUCGACUAAAAAAAUCUGAUACUUAUCUCCCAAGAGUUGCUUUGGAAGAAGCUGGACCUUGUAUACGUUUCUCCUUACGUAGAUAUCGACUCGCAGCAGAUGAUUUGUGGAAGCAAGCCACAAAGAGACCGAAACAAAGAAGGAGUCAAAGGAAUGUGACAAUGCAGCCCAUAUUGGGUCGAAAAGUGGGCCGUAUUCAUAUUGGUAGACAAAAACUUGAUCAACUUGUUAUCAAAAAACAGAGAGCUUUGAAAAGGUCUAAAGAGCAAAAGUAAAAAUGAAAGAGGGUGGCACUUCAUAUUUUCUUAUUGGAUUAAAUCAUUUGUCGUCCCAACCGAGUUGGUGAGAAGAGAGGAUAGAGUUUUCGAUUUUCUAAUAAUAGUGGAUGCAAGUUGAAUAAAGGAAAGUCAAGAAUA